AUGACGGACGGCUUGUUCUUGGGCUUUUUGAUAUCGCAGUCGUUCGGACUUGGCGUCCAUGGAAGUGCUGCAGCGUACCAGGCGGCGCUGAAAGGCGCCAAGGUUCUCGGAUUAGAGCAGUUCGAGUUCGGACGCGUCCGUGGAGCGUCCCACGACACAUCUCGCAUCGUUCGCAAAUCUAAUUCGGAGCCUGAAUAUGUCGCCCUUGUCAAGUCUGCCUAUAAAGAUUGGGCAGAGCUGGAGGAACUUACCGGCCAGAAGUUGUUGACAACCACUGUUGGCCUUUUUUCCCUGCCCAAGGACGCCCCGAUUCCAUCCAGCAACUACACAAGAAGCUUGGCUGCAAAUGACGUUCCGCACGAGAUUUUGAGUAGUAAAGAGGUGAUGCAAAGGUGGCCUCAGUUCGAUAUCCCCGAUACGGUGCAAACUGUCUAUGACCCUGCCACUGGAAUUGUUCACGCCAACAAAACGGUAGCAGCGAUGCAAUACUUGGCGCGAUUCAAGGGCGCUGUCCUAAAAGACCAGACGCUGGUGGAGCGUAUUAUACCCAAAGCUGGCGGAGAAGUCUUGAUCGCCACACCAAAAGGAACCUUUCACGUCCGCAAGCUAAUCCUCACAACUGAUGCAUGGACAAACAGGCUCCUUGAACCGCUAGGGACACAGAUUCCCCUACGGGUAAUGCAAGAACAAAUCACCUAUUUCAAGCCCACCGAACCAGCCGAGCUCGAAAACCCCCGCUUCCCCGUUUGGAUCUGGGGCGGCCCGCAAAGCUACUAUGGCUUUCCUUGCUACGGCGAACCAACAAUCAAGGCGGGCCAUGAUUGCGCGAAUAACUUCAUGUCGCCCGAGGAAAGGACCUACGUACAUUCACCGCGACUGCAAAGGGAAUUGUCAGAGUGCCUUCAAAAGUUCAUGCCUGACUGCGGUCGCCAGCCGCUACGUACCAUUACCUGCCAGUAUACUAUACCACCCGACCGACGCUUUAUUAUUAGUCCAUUGGAGCAGAAUAAGGAUAUUAUUGUUGGGCUGGGCGCCGCCCAUGCUUUCAAAUUUGCGCCCGUUUUUGGUCGUGUGCUGGCGGAGCUUGCAAUCGAUGGAAAGACCGACGAGGAUAUCUCAAAGUUUGGCAUUCCGAAAAAUGUCAGUGCCGCUCCGAAAAUUUGA